AGAGAAACAGCAUUUAAAUGGAAAAGGGGAGAGACUGAGCGCUUCAUCCGAGACUUCACCGCAAGGAGACCAUAAGCAUCACUUCUUCCUGGAAACCAAAAAUCCAUUCUCCUUUAGAAACGAGUCAAGCGGAGAGCAGAACAUCUUGAAUCAUGUGCGGGAUCUUUGCUUACCUGAACUACCAAGUGCCACGCACCCGAAAAGAGAUAUUUGAGACGCUGGUGAAGGGUCUGCAGAGGCUGGAGUACAGAGGAUACGAUUCAGCAGGUGUCGCUGUGGACGGCCCAAACAAGACAACACAGGACCUCAACAACAACAGUAUCUGUCUAAUCAAGAAGAAGGGCAAGGUGAAGGCUCUGGAUGAGGAGAUCUACCAAAAAGACACGGUUGACCUGGACGAGACUCUGUCCACACACUUUGGCCUGGCCCACACGCGCUGGGCUACGCACGGAGAACCAAGUGCACUCAACAGCCAUCCCCAUCGCUCUGACAAGAACAAUGAGUUUGUCGUCAUCCACAAUGGCAUCAUAACCAACUACAAAGAGCUGAAGAAGUACCUGAUCAACAAAGGAUACGAGUUUGAGUCAGAAACAGACACAGAGGUGAUCCCCAAACUAAUCAAAUACCUUUAUGACAAUCGAGAGAACGACAGCAUCACCUUCUCCAAGCUGGUGGAGAGAGUCAUCCAACAACUGGAGGGUGCCUUCGCUCUGGUGUUCAAAAGCCGUCAUUACCCUGGAGAGGCUGUGUCCACCAGGAGAGGAAGUCCGCUGCUCAUUGGAGUGCGAAGCGAACACGAGCCGCCAGCCGAGCACAUCGCUGUGCAGUACAACAGUGGUCACUUAAGGGAGGAGGUUGAGGAGAAGAACAGCCACAACUCGUCCAACUCCAAUGGAGAAGGCAAGGCAGUGGAGUACUAUUUCGCCUCUGAUGCCAGCGCCAUCAUUGAGCACACCAACAAGGUGUUGUACAUGGAGGACGAUGACAUCGCAGUCGUCAAAGAAGGAGCACUCUCAAUUCACAGGUUAAAUCGGCAAGCUGGUGACGAUCCAGUGAGAGCGAUUCAGACGUUACAGAUGGAGAUGCAGCAGAUCAUGAAAGGAAACUUUGAAGCCUUUAUGCAGAAGGAGAUCUUUGAGCAGCCAGAGUCAGUUGUUAACACCAUGAGGGGCCGGAUUUGUUUUGACACUAAUAAAGUGAUUCUUGGAGGCCUGAAAGACCACCUGAAGGAGAUCAAACGCUGCAGACGGUUAAUCAUGAUUGGCUGCGGCACCAGUUUCCACGCUGCAGUUGCUACCAGACAGAUCCUGGAGGAGCUGACUGAAUUACCUGUCAUGGUGGAGCUGGCCAGUGACUUCCUAGACCGCAGUACCCCAGUCUUCAGGGACGAUGUUUGUUUCUUCAUCAGCCAGUCAGGGGAGACAGCAGACACCCUGAUGGCCCUGCGAUACUGCAAGGAACGCGGGGCUCUAACAGUGGGCAUCACCAACACUGUGGGGAGCUCCAUUUGCAGAGAGACUGACUGUGGGGUCCACAUCAAUGCUGGACCGGAGAUAGGAGUGGCUAGUACCAAGGCCUACACCAGUCAGUUUGUGUCCCUCAUCAUGUUCAGCCUGAUGUUGAGUGAGGACAGACUCUCACUACAAGCGAGACGACUGUCCAUCAUUAACGCCCUGAAGGACCUACCAGAGCUGAUAAGAAAAGUGCUCUCAUUGGACGACAAGAUCAAGGCCAUCGCCGAUGAGCUGUAUCAGCAGAGGUCACUUUUGGUGAUGGGGCGAGGAUACAACUAUGCCACUUGCCUUGAGGGGGCGCUGAAAAUCAAGGAGAUCACCUACAUGCACUCAGAAGGCAUCCUGGCUGGAGAGCUGAAACACGGUCCUCUGGCGCUCAUCGACAAGGACAUGCCAGUCAUCAUGAUCCUCAUGCGGGACGGCUGCUACACUAAGUGUCAGAAUGCUUUGCAGCAGGUCACAGCCAGAUCGGGCCGACCCAUUAUUCUGUGCUCUCAGGAUGAUUCAGAAGUGAUCAAAAAUGCAUAUAAGACCAUUGAGUUGCCAGAAACAGUGGAUUGUCUGCAGGGCAUCCUCAGUGUCAUCCCUCUACAGCUGCUGUCCUUCCACUUGGCCGUCCUUCGAGGAUAUGACGUUGACUGCCCCAGAAACUUGGCCAAGUCUGUGACUGUGGAGUAGUUACAGUUUACAAAGCCCAGCAGACAAGACAGGUGGCUUUGGGUGACUUACAGAGCGACUGUGCAAUCAAACAUUGUGUGUGUGUGGCAGGGUCGGGUUGAGGUAUGGGGACCGGGGAGCUUGUGUAUGUGAGUGUGUGUAUGAUACUGUGAGUUAAAGAAGAGGCUGCGGAGUAUAGAAGGGAUUAAGCGGUACAAUGAAAUAAACACACACGGAAAAAUUGAAAUGUGAAAUCUGACCGUGGCUUUUUGGAACAACUCAUGAAACAUUCUCGAAGAUGCUCAUAGCCAAAGAUAUCUUCUGUACCUCUUUUUAUCAGUAGAGCCAAAAAGUUUUUUUUACAUGAAGAACAGUAAAAAACUGAAAUGGUACACUGAAGUGUUUACAAUUGUGCAAUAUGGACCACAUACUUGGCUAAUGAAUGUACAUUGUGACAAAGUCAUUAAUUGUUCUCCUAUGUUGAACGUUCGGUAGGGUCAUUAUACUCUUCAUUGUAAAAUUGUCAUUUUGAUAUUUCUUUAGAAAUUCUUGGUUUUACUGGCCUCGGAGAACAGUGAACUAUAAUCUUAUUUUCUUAAUAAAACUAUUAUAUUUUAAUUUAAACAGUCUGUUCUGAAGGUGUGCAACCAGGUUCUUUUUAAGGUUUACAUACUUCUUACUGGCAUAGGGAAUACUCUGUGGUAUUCAAUGGAAGACUAAUUAUAUAUAAUUUUUAUGGGUUUCAUAAAUGACAAUCUGUACAUAACAGAUGUUCUUUUUGCUUUUUUGUUAUAUUUAUAGGGGAGAAACAGAUAACUUGAUUGAUAUCUUUAUGUUUGUAUUUUGUAUUGUCUGUUUUUCAUGCUAAAAAAGCACUACAAAUCAAUAAAGAA